AUAGAAAAGUAUCAAAGUAAAUCGCUAUGGAAGACGAAAUUAGCCCCAAAGUAAUCAAAAAGACACAGGACCUUUUGGGAUCAGUGAUAAAGAAGCCACCCCUGCAAGAGAAACUGCUCAAGAAACCGCCGUUUCGGUUUCUGCACGACAUUAUCCACAAUGUCAUCAAAACGUCGAAAUUUCUCGAUGGCUUGUACACUCCGGAGGAGCUUACGUCGGAAAACAUUAAGGACAAGGAAAGCAAGGUAGUAUUUUUGCAAAAGGCCAUUGAUGUCGUGAUCAUGGUCACUGGAACACACCUUACGGUGCGACCAUCCAAGAUUGUAUCCGGACACGAGGCAGAAAAGACCAACGAGUUCCUUCAACUGCUGGCAAAGGCAGCUUCGAAAAAGCUUGAUUCGAACGAAGCUGUGAAGAGGGUUCUUGCCGGUGAAAAACCAGCCAUUCCAACCAAACCAGACAAAAAGGAUGGUGGCGCCAAAAAGAAAGAGUCUACUAAAACAUCGAAGAAACCAGCAACAGAGUCAGACAACAGCCGAUCCAGAUCCAGAAAGGCAACGGAUGCUGAAAAUGGCGAGGAAAAGAAAUCAACGUCCCUGGCCCCGGUGAAAGAAAAAUCCUCGUCCGUCAGGUCAAACAGCAAAUCAAGGCUAGGAAAGACAAAGACCAGCUUGGAACACAAGACCAAGACAAACAAGGAUCCAGACAAGAACGCAGCCUCGAGCAGCACGACGGCGGCAGAGGAAAGCCACGAGGUCGUGGCCCAGGACACUCCCGAGCGACCGAAAACCAGUACGAAAAAGAGAGCGGCAAAGGACGCGCCGGUUAAUGCGACUGCGACAGCCGACGUCAUAUCUUCAGAAAAGCAGAAUGGGAUAGGCAAUGUGGAGGAGCCUUCAAUACAGCAGGCAAGAACAGAAUAUGAAAUGCAAGCACCCAAUGACAUCAAGAGGCCACGAAGCACCAAGCGAUCGUCGAAACAGGAGCUCCAAACCACCAAAGACGAGAGCAGGGACAUGAGCAAUGGCUCAAACAUGGUUGCCCAACCUGAUCCUGAGAUCCUGCUGCCACCAGAACAAAAUUACACAGCGGAGCAACCAACACAUGACCAAGAGCUGGAGAGGCCACCAACUCGGUCCUCACUGAGGUCUUCGAGGCCUCGAAGUUCCAGACCAGCUGCGCCGAGGAUUCGGAAGAAAGAGGACGCACCCGCAGAAAGUGCAGCGGCCCCAAGGGCAGCCACGGCCAAGUCUGUGGAGAAUGUCAUCCUGGAUGGCAAUGCCCCCGAGAACGAAGAGGACAAGGAGGAAGAGUUUGUGGUGGCCGAACCCCUGGUAGAGCCGGUCACUGUGAAGUUGGAACCGCCUACCCAGGAAGCGAUUCAAGAAUCUGAACAGGGAAGUCUGGUGAAGCAACUGCUUGAGACCAAGAAAGAGCUUGAGCAAGGGAGUCAACGACCAUCUACUGGUCUCAGUAUGACAGAGUCUGCGAGGUCCGCAGUGGCCACAAAGGUGCAGACACAGGACAAGACGGACGUCCUCCGCGGACACAUCCAGGCAGUGAGCCGCGGAGCGCUACCGCUGGGAAGGCUCCUUGACGUCCUCUCCGAGGACCUUGACUACAUGAACACAGAACUCAAGGCGUGGGCAGAAGAGCACGCCAAGAACCUCAAGGCCUUCACAGCCGAGCAGAGCAUGACAGAAUCGGUUCUGGAACCCCUGAGACAGACAUUGGAGGACCUGGACCGGCAAAUUGCCGACCAAAUGGAUGCCAUCUCAGCAACCAAGGCCAGCAUAUUCAGCAACGCCGAGCGACUGGAGAAGAUGCUAGCUGCGGCCAACAUUGGUCGCUAGCAGCCUUUAUUUUCUCCCAGACAUGAGAGAUGUGACGAGGCAUGCAACCAAAAUGUGUAUAACGCGUGUGGUAAUCGAUGAAAAGUCAGCAAACCAGGUUCACCACAAACCUUACACCUUGCGUUUUGUUUCUAGAUGUACUGUUUGUUGAAAUUCGCUUUCUCACCAACCCUCAUGCAUUUUGCCGACUUUGUCCAGCAGAAAAUUCAAGGAUUCUAUAAAUGCCGUGACUCGAUUUUGUGGAGACAGCCGACACCUUGGGCAGACCUUACAGUAAAAGUUUGCUUUUUCUUAUCAAUUUUCGAAGCAAUAGCCGGGUGAAAAGUGAAAAAAAAAAAAAACCUGGUGCCAGGCACGGUUACGACUGUGCAUAUUGAAACGCUGCAAUCCCAUAUAAAUACAUAUAUAUAGUCUGCCGUUAGAACUCCCCAAACAACACCGUGGGAGAGUGUUUUCUCGUGACAUUUGCUGGUGCUAAUGCAAUAUAUACAAAAUAAAAAGUGUGAAUGCUA